GUUCACAGCAAAGACAAAAAAUACGUCUGUAAAGUAUGCAGCCGAGUGUUCAUGUCGGCCGCCAGCGUGGGGAUCAAGCACGGCUCCCGCCGCCACGGGAUCUGCAUGGAUUGUUCCGGCCAAGGCAUGGCCAGCCACUUGGACGCGAACGGAGGCGACGGCUCGCCAGAUGAGUUGUACGGCGUGGAAGGUCCGUACACGGAAGAUCCCGAUGGCCUCAAAGGCGAAGGGGAGGAAGACAUGGGGGACGACGAUGACCUCAAGUGGAAAGACGAUAUCGAGAUUUCCCAAGACGACUUGAUCUUGGACGACGAUAAAGACGGCGAAGUCGACUCCCCGCCGGAGCACGAGAACUCGGGGGGAAACGACAAGGACUUCACUUGGAUUUCUUAGGGGAGAUUUGUUUCUCUCCCAGCUAGUUUGGGGACAAAGCUGGGACCGAGAGGUUCUGUUGGCGGAGCUCGAUCCACCAGGCCGCGGGUCCUGAGGAGCAAAAACAUCUCGUGCGUGGAGGAUUUUUUUUUUAAGCAAACCAAUUCUUUAUCUGUUCUAGCCAGAGACUGUGUCUGUAAACAUUUUCCCCACGGUACCACUUUUCCCUGCCCUUUGCCCUUCCUGUAGUCCCGAACAACAACAACAACAACAAAAGGCCUUUGUUUUGCUACAGGAGCCAGAUUUCAGGCAGGCGACAUGGCUCGUCCUCCCUGAAAUGUUUUCCCGCUCUCAGUGUAAAAGGCAAGUGACCUCUCGCUUCUCAAAGAAGGGCGAUUCCCGGGAGCAGACUGGGGCAUUAAAACCACCCCCUGAAGCGAGCAAAGGAUUCCGCCGGGCUGUAGCGACGACUACAACAAAGUAGGCACAAGCUCACUACUGACCCCUGUUGUCACAGGGCGUAACUACAUGAUGCUCCGGGUCAUGGAGGUGCAGUCGGGCGGACAUUGUGGGGGAACCCAUCUUAAAAAGUGCUAAUUCGCUCAGCAUUGUGAGGGAGCGCUGCAGGCGGGGGCGGGGGGAGAAGAAGCUUCCGGUUUCCCUCCCAGCCCGCUUUUGCCGGCAGGAAGGGUGGUGGGAGGGGCUCCC